AUGGACCUUUUAAAGAUCACAAAGGUCGAAAAUGUCCUACUUGAAAGAGGACGGAAUGCUUUGGUUGGAACUCUUUACCUGACGACGCAUAGAAUGCUCUUUAAAGGCCCGCUUCAAAAGGAUGAAUUAUGUAUCUUAUAUCCUCUUAUUCAUACCGUCGAGCGUCGUUCUCCUACUACCGAUCCUAAAGCUUGGCCUUUAACCAUUCGUUGUCGUGAUUUUAAAAUUUACACUUUUUCUGUGGAAAUGCAAGAAGAUGCGAUCGAGAUUUUUAAUACAAUACAAAGAUUAACGUGUAUCGGUUCUAUCAAACAAGUUUAUGCAUUUGAGCAUAUAUUUGAAGAAAAAUUUUCGUCAUCAGAUGGCUGGUCUGUCUAUGAUGUACUACAGGAAUACGAUCGAAUGGGUGUAGAUAGUUCGACUGGUUCAUGGAGAUUUUCAAAUGUGAAUCGAAGCUAUACUUUUUGUGCAACAUACCCGAGAACUUUAGUUGUUCCAUCCAGAAUUAGUGAUAAUGUUUUGAAUCAUGCAUCGAAAUUUCGGAGUAAGAAUCGCAUACCAGUGUUGAGUUAUUUACAUUGGCAUAAUAAGAAUCGUUCAAUUCAGGAUGAAAAACUCAUUGAAGCUAUUUUUAGGUCAAAUGUUAAAACUUUGUCUGAAAGGGUAACUCAGACAAAUUUAAUUAUUGAUGCUCGUCCAACAGCUAAUGCUAUGGUCAAUGUAGCGAUGGGUGCUGGAACUGAGAGUGUGGAAAACUAUAAAAAUUGUGAAAGAAAAUUCAUGGGUAUUGAUAAUAUCCAUGUAAUGAGAGAAAGUUUAGGGAAAAUGGUUGAAGUGAUACAUACUGCUGAUGCUAAUUGUUUGUCAGUUAAAAAGUAUAACCUAGAUAAAUCCGGCUGGCUUAAGCACAUUUCUACUUUAUUGGAGUCGGCCCUUGUAAUUAUUAAAAGUGUGCAUGUUUCUGCUUCCCAUGUACUUGUCCAUUGUUCGGAUGGAUGGGAUCGUACCGUACAAUUGACUUCAAUUUCUGAACUUUGUCUUGAUCCUUAUUAUCGCACUUUCAGAGGUUUUCAAGUUCUAAUUGAAAAAGAAUGGGUAUCUUUUGGUCAUAAAUUUAGCGAUCGUUCAGGUCAUCUUUCUAAUGAAAAAUACUUUGUUAAUUCUGGAAGUUCAACUUUUAAUUCCGUACAAAGCAAAUUUACAAAGCAAUCUCAUAUCCGUGAAAUUUCUCCUGUUUUUCACCAAUUUUUGGAUUGUGUUUUUCAAAUUUUGUCUCAAUUUCCCGAAAAAUUUGAGUUCAAUGAAAAUUUUUUGAUCAAUUUACAUUAUCAUUGUUAUUCUUGUCAAUUUGGAACUUUCUUAUGCAAUUCUGAGAAAGAAAGAAUGGAUUAUAAAGUCACUACUGAAACUUAUUCGGUUUGGGAUUAUUUUAAUUCUCAUAAAGAAAUGUUUCUUAAUCCUUUAUAUGACGAAAAGGCUAAUUCUAAUGAUCAAAAAGAUAAUGAUUGUGUAUUAUUUCCUGAUGAGAAAAUUGUUAAAUAUUGGGCUGGAUUGUUUAAUAAAAAAGAUGAUGAAUUAAAUGGCAAUAAUGAUGAGAUUCGAGAUGAAAAAACUGAAGGCUUUACUGCAAGAAUGAAAUGGAGAUCGAAUAGUCCUGUUUCACGACCUGCGUCUCCGAAUGUUAACUCAAAUAGCGAAUUUGGUGAUGGAAACGUUUGGAAGGAUGACUCUCCAUCUCCAUCUCCAUCAUUUCCACUUAGCAAAAGUGUUAAUUUAUAUGAAGAUAAUCCUUAUUUUGACCCUUGGAAAAACAAUAUCUCCAAAAUAGGAAAUACCGAUUUCAGUACAAUCAAAAAUAAGUUCAAGAGUAAUGAAUUUAAUACAAUUAAAGAUAGGUUCAUGAGUAACGCUAAUAGUUUAGCAAGAGCCACUAUAAGUAUUGGAACUUCUGCAUAUUAUAACGUAACAAGUCUUGCAAAAUCAAAUUUUGAUUUAGGUAGUAAUGAAACUAUGUCACCUGUAGAAAUUACUGAUGAUAUUAUUAGUACUCCAGGAACACCAAAUCUACGUGAAAUGGAAUCAUUGUCUGCGUUAUCACUUUCUGAAAAUUCUGAAAAUGAUCAAUCAAUAACUUCGACAAAUUCGACAAAUUCGACUUUAUUUACAGAAUCACGUUCACCCAACUUGUCCUCCUUAUCUUAUGAUCGUCGAGACACUCUUCCUUCAUUAGGAAUAAAACCUAGCAGUGCACCAUCAUCACCUUCAUCUCGAGUAAACUUACUAAAUUCAUCGAUAACAUCACGACCUAAUAGUUUAUUGAGAUUCAAUUCUGAGGGUAAAAUAAGUUCCCCAUUAUCUACCCCACUUAAUCCUUCUUCACCUACAACUACUGAACUAUUAAAGGAUUUACCACAUCCAUUAUAUAAUGUUGAUGUGUUUUCUUCUCCUUAA